CCCGACCCCGCCCUGUGACAUCAUCGGUUCCGCGCCGCUGCCGCCCAGCCCAGGUCCCCAGGCUCCCGUCCCGCUGCGCCACUCUGCGGACCCUCGCCCGCCGCCGCCGCCAAAAUGUCUGCAGGUGUGCCUGCGGGUUCCAGCGCUGCCUCUGGCAGUAAUCGAAAACUUCAGCAGACACAAAAUCAAGUGGAUGAGGUGGUGGACAUCAUGAGGGUGAACGUGGACAAGGUGUUGGAAAGAGAUCAGAAGCUCUCUGAGCUAGACGACCGUGCCGAUGCACUGCAGGCAGGAGCGUCCCAGUUUGAAACAAGUGCUGCCAAGCUGAAGAGGAAAUACUGGUGGAAGAAUUGUAAGAUGUGGGCGAUAGGGAUUAGUGUCGUGGUCGUCAUCAUCAUCAUCAUCAUCGUGUGGAGUAUUUCUCCAUGAAGAGCCGCUGAGACGCCAACCUGCUGUUCAAGAAUCCUCAAGACUUUUGACCUAGGACCCACUAUAUUACCAAGCUUACCUACUGUUGUGUCUGAAACGACUAUUUUCUGUUAGUUAAUGUAAAGUUUGAGCCCUAGGAAAGGUGCCUUUCCUUUAACAUGCACUCCACACAAGAAGUGUGGUCAGCCCAGCCCGCAUUUUGCACAGUGCCUUUACACAUUUACACAUGGGCUGAUAAAACAGUCUUCUUACAUAAGUUCCAGAGUGCUAGAGCCUAGAAGUAGUGUUGCCAGAUUAAUUGCCAUUAAUUCCAGUUAAGGUCAUUCUUUCCAAGUUGGUUGUCCUCGUCAUAGGAGAUUAUCUUCAGAUCCACACUUUAAACCUUUGGGUAAUCAUAUUUCCAAUUUGUGCCUUCCAGAAAGAACACUACUGUGUAACUCAAACCUGUGACAGUAACAGGCUGUGCCUUAUUUUGCUACUUUUCUGAUUCCCUGUAAGAGAACCCUCUACUGUUUGUAAGCACUACUGACUCUUGCUAUAUUUAAAAAUAAGAUGCUGGUAAAGAAUUUUUGCUUUUACACGAGAUAUGAAGAUGUUUACUUUCUUGUUAUUGUUUUAUAUCAUUUGCUAAAAAUACUAUUUUAAUCAGAAAUAAUAACCUCUUUGAAACAUUUUUAUAGAACUAUGGCUAUGACCAAAGUUUCUAUUUUGCCAAAAAGUCACAUCCUAGUAAAACGUCCUUAAGUCUGUCCCUGACAGCUAAAUUCAGGAAAGUAACAAAUGCAACUCAAGGUGCCCUUCAGAAUUAAAGGUGUGUGAUUGUUUGUGAAGCUUCUACAUGCUGACAGGCCUUUCUUACCUUUGAAAUACUGUGGGUGGUGUGACUCUCCUUCCAUUUCAGCAUUUUUCCCAAGAUUAGAGAAGGUUCAAGCUAGACUCGGACAGUCUCAUACCUGGAGACAUAUUACCAGCAGUUUGCAGAUUACCAGCUGUGGACUCCAGUAUGUUUCUAAGAAUUAUGUUAGCCACGACUUCGUAGCCUUCCAGCGAGACCAUCUGUGAACUGGUCGUUAUGUGGCCCUGUCCCCAUAGACCACAGCUUUCUGGAGUUUGUUUCCUAUUUGUAUUCAUAUUCCACUUCCAAAGGCUUCUGUAGGGUGCUUUCCAUCAGCAUUGGUCAGGGCUGAAUGACUUCACAGAGGCUAGCUAGCCGGAGACUCUUCCAUGUCCUAGACUGUCUGCACAAGAUGCUGCUUUGGAGAUAGCUGUUGUCAUCUGAGAGACUUGUUGAAACUUUCAACAUCUGGCCAUGUGGUUAAGGACAGAAAUUCAGAUAGGAAUAAAAACAGGCAAGGACGCAUUGAGGGAGAAGCGCAGAGGUUUUACCACUUCGUGGCCCAGGGGUACUGGAAUAUUCUAACAUUCUCCUCCACAUGCUAGUGUGUGACUUACAAACAAUCACUGAGCAUAGCAGGACACGGUUCCACUUAUUUGUAUCUGUUCCCCUAACAUCACUGAACUGAUGUCAUGUUGGAAACGUGCCUUGCAGUGUGCCCAGCUGUGAGAAGCAAGCAGCUGUCAGUGUCAGGACGUGACCCCCUACCCCCACUCCCCAGCUCCGGAACUCUGGCCGUGUCUCAGCUGAAACUUUGGUGCUCUCUCCGUGGCCUCAAUGCUCAGUCCCAUGUAGCCCACUGGCUCCUGCAGUAACCCAGGAAUACCUCGCUUGUGUCUGCAUUAGCUGGGACCUGCCCACUCUAAUGAACAGAAUAAAGUGUUUAUAAACCCAA